AGCACUCCGACAGCCUGACAGUAUUAAAUACGCUUAUGUCAAAAGAUACUACGUAAAUUAUUAUAUUUAUUUAUCAAAAUGUCAAAAAUUAAAGUCACAAUGGAAUGGAAAAAGCGCGUCAAGUCCGAAUAUAUGCGACUUCGACAAAUGAAGAGAUUUAGACGCGCUGAAGAAGUUAAAUUGGCAUGGAACCAUAAUAGAAAGGUUAUGACAGAAUUGCUGGAUAUUGAGAACAAAUAUUGGGCAGAAGGAAAAGCAAUGUGGUUUGCAAAACAAGAAACGCAUGUUCCUAGUAUGAAAAAGGCUGAAAUUAAUAAUGGCGAAGGAGACGUUCAAAAUUGUUCGAUAAAAAUAUUAAAUUCAGUAACACCGAUACCAACAAUGUACACCUGGGCUCCAAUUCAAAAUAAUUUUAUGGUUGAAGAUGAGACUGUUUUACACAACAUUCCUUACAUGGGUGAUGAAAUUCUCGAUCAAGAUGGCACAUUUAUCGAGGAAUUAAUCAAGAAUUACGAUGGAAAAGUUCAUGGGGAUAGAGAAUCAGGCUUCAUGGACGAUGCAAUUUUCGUAGACUUGGUGAAUGCUUUAUCCAACUGUGAGAAAGAAGAUAAAGAGAAAGAAGCACCAAAGAAAGUGAAGGAAUCUCUAAAAGAGAAGGAGAAUAAUAAAAGUGAUGAUAAAGAGAAAGGUGAUGAACAAUCGCAAAAAAAUUAUCCUUCAAGUGUUCCCUUUCCAUCUAUGCAAGUCUUCUAUGCAAUUCACAGUAUGUUUCCCGAUAAAGGAAAACCAGACGAACUCAAAGAAAAAUACAUCGAACUAACCGAAAGAUCCGAUCCAAAUGCUCUACCACCCGAGUGCACACCGAAUAUUGAUGGAAUUAACGCCAAAAGUGUUUCUCGAGAACAGGCUAUGCACUCUUUUCACACUCUCUUUUGUCGUCGAUGUUUCAAAUACGAUUGCUUCUUACAUCGUCUGCAAACCUCUCAUCCGGGACCAAGUGCACAGAAGCGUAAAGGCCCCGACAUGAAAUCUUUUCCUGAACCCUGUGGUCCUGAAUGUUACAUUCAUUUAGAGGGAAUAAAAGAGAAAUUAGCAGCACAAGCAGCUGACGUAAAAGAAGAGGAUGGAGAAGAGAAAAAAGGUGGUCCUAGAAAAGUUCGUAAACAAACAAGUGUCGAUUCGGGAAACGAGGCUAGUAGUGAGGACAGCAACGACAGUAAUAAAUAUCUACAAGGAGAAGGUUGUCCAGACUUCUCCCAAAAUGUGAAUAAAGAUUCCAAGCCCGAUGAAACAAUUGACGAUCAAAAGCAACUUGAAAAUCAAACACCCUUCUCUCUAAUGACAACGGAUCAUCGAGCAACAAUGGAGAGUAAAUUCUCCUGGACCGGCUCUGAACAAAGCAUAUUUCGUGCACUCCACAAAGCCUUUCCCGGAAAUCCUUGUGCUUUAGCUCAAAUAAUGUUGACCAAAACUUGUCAAGAAGUCUACAAAUUUUCCCAAAAAGAAGCAGCCGACAUUCCGGCCGUCGAGAGCCUAAAGGACCUAACACCACCCAGAAAGAAGAAGAAAAAGCAUCGUCUCUGGUCGAUGCAUUGCAGAAAAAUACAACUCAAGAAAGAUUCUGGUGCAAAUCAUGUCCACAAUUUCUCUCCCUGCGACCAUCCAAAUCAACCAUGCGACAAUUCGUGUCCCUGCAUUCAAGCGCAGAAUUUCUGCGAAAAAUUCUGUCAAUGCAGCAGCGAAUGUCAGAAUCGAUUUCCCGGUUGUCGAUGUAAAGCUCAAUGUAACACUAAACAAUGUCCGUGCUAUUUAGCGGUACGAGAAUGUGAUCCAGAUUUAUGUCAAACUUGUGGUGCUGAUCAAUUUCAUAUUACGAAAAUAUCGUGUAAAAAUGUUAGCGUUCAACGUGGACUCAAUAAACACUUAUUAAUGGCACCGUCUGACGUUGCUGGCUGGGGAAUUUUCCUAAAAGAAUCCGCGGGAAAGAAUGAAUUUAUCUCCGAAUAUUGUGGAGAAAUUAUAAGUCAAGAUGAGGCCGACAGACGAGGCAAAGUCUAUGACAAAUACAUGUGCAGCUUUCUGUUUAAUCUAAAUAAUGAUUUUGUCGUUGACGCGACUAGGAAAGGAAAUAAAAUAAGAUUUGCAAAUCAUUCUAUUAAUCCUAAUUGUUAUGCCAAAGUUAUGAUGGUAAAUGGCGAUCAUAGAAUUGGCAUUUUUGCGAAAAGGGCAAUUCAACCUGGCGAAGAAUUGUUCUUUGAUUAUAGAUAUGGACCAACAGAACAACUGAAAUUUGUUGGCAUUGAACGUGAAAUGGAAUUUCUGUAAUUAAAUUAGAGAUCUACUCGAACAAAAUCGAAUUAAAUUAGCCAAUUCCGAAGUUGAAUUUUGGAAUUUUCAAUUGGUCAGUUAUUAUUGUAAAUGUACGUUUUAAAUUAUUAAAUUAUACAUUUAAUAAAUAAUUUAUACCUUAAAUUAUACUUUUACCGAAUAAUUUAUAUUUUUCAAAUUCUACUUUUAAUAAAUAAUUUAUA